AUACUUUGAAUAUAUUGAAUCUGCAUGGUUGUUUCUUGCCCUUAUUCAGUGUUCUUCCUUUCUCUUCGGAGCAAAGACUAGUGCAUUUCAUUGCUCCAAGAUAGAACGCCAAUCCCCCAGCCGUCAUGGAAAACGCACUCUCACCUCUUCAGCGUGCCUUUAACGCAUUCCUGUUGAGCAUGCCGCCUCAACAGCUGGAUGACUUGGUCAAGCAUAUACAGGAUGUCAAGGCCCAGGAACAGAAACCACCAGUCUUCAGAAACGAGAUCCCAGCCAUUCGUGCCAACACCACCCAAGACGCACAUCAUACCUUUCCUACUUUUCCAAGCUCGAAACACCGACCGGCAUCUUCAAGAGGAAGACGGGUCCAUGAUGGGAAACGAAGGCCUCUCAAUAGUUUCAUCGCAUUCAGAAGUUUCUACUCUGCCAUCUUCCCAGACAUCACUCAAAAAUCAAAGUCCGGUAUUCUUCGCUUCCUUUGGCAGAACGACCCUUUCAAAGCCAAGUGGACCAUACUCGCGAAGGCCUAUUCCAUCAUUCGUGACAAACACGAUGAUGAAGUCUCCCUUGAGUCUUUUUUGACUUUGAAUGCUGAGCUUAUUGGUGUUACUCAGCCAGACCGUUACCUUGAUGCUAUGGGCUGGGAGUUAACGCUCAAUGAUCAGCAACAGUAUACCAUGGCCCGAGUCAAAAGUCCAGUGGCAACAGAAGCUCAACUUUCUACCCACUUCUCAGUCGACGACCUAAUCAAACACUGCUAUGCUACCGGUUAUGUCACAGAGGACAAGCGAAAGAAGGAGAUUCGAGGCCACAAUGCCCCUGUUAUGACAUUUGCUACUCAGCCUGCCUUGGUUAUCCACAAAAAUAACAGUCUUCAAAUCUCCGGGAAUCAUACAGUCGUCUCAACCAACGGCUCUGAGAGUGUGACAAAGGAGACCCCAGCCUUUGAACCGACCGAAGCUACAGAACUCCCGUACCCCAGUGAUAUUGUUAGCCCAGUAACCGGGGAUACUUCUUUCGAAAGUACUGAUGCAACUCGCAUAUAUCAGCGUCCACAAUCUCGCACCUCGCUGGCGGAAAAUUAUCUCGACAUGGCAAAUAUGCAAUUUCACACUUGGGACGACCAAACUGCUCUUCUCCCUUACAACACAGGGCCGCUGAUGCAAGAAUCGUUCGACGCACUUGAUUUUAAGCCUUUCCUAAACAUCUAGGUCUCGGUUGGUUCCAGGCAACUCAUGAUCUUUUCAGGCCGUGUACACAGACACUACGCGUACUUCUGUGCACCAUCAUCCCAUCUGGCUGUUGUACUGUUUCGUGCACAUACUCAUCCCAUUUGUUCUUGGCUCUUUCAACCAAUAGCCUCCGACCCCCGAACAAUGACACCGUACUCGCAUAGGCCACGGCAGUCGGCUCAGAGCUGAGACCGAUAGUGUUGACCAAGAAGAGAGUCACUUUCCUGUUGUCCGCCGGAACGGAUACUUCAAGCCAUCACAAGGAGGGGGCUUCUCAUAUAAAUUUCCCUAUCUACUUCCAUACUAUUUCACGUCCAAUUCCGCCUCGUUUGAUCGGUCAGAUCUGCAAUAUCUCGCAUUUUUCCGAAUGCGCUUCUAUCUAUCCGAGUUAAGGAAAUAAUUCUAUCUACGGAUCAUGACGGGCAGGCGGACCAGCAUAAUAGCACGAACCGGCUACGAAAUCUUGGUGGGACAGGCUAAUAUCGAUCUUUUCGUUUUAUGUUGUUGCCUUGCGUCUGAGCCAUAGGACUCUGUUCCUUCGAGUUUUCCAAUAGACUUGGGCGUGCAUGAGGUUUCAUGUAUGGGAGAAAGCAUCAAUACCGGCUCAUUUGUUAUCGCCGGUCUCUAUUUCAGAGACUAAAUAGAAUUAUGGCCCGCAAUGAAAGUAGAAAGAGUCUUGAUGAC